UUUUGAUUUUCUGGUAUACCUUAUAUUUAAAUUUAAAAAUUAUUUUUGGUUAAUAAAAUAAUCUUGCUGCUGGAAUGAAUAAUUCCAUAUGGCUUCGGAGAAAGAACUGACAUUAAUUUAAAAAUACGGACGUUGGUUACUUGGUCAUGGAUGUGAUUCUAAAGAAGAAGCUUGGUGUAAUUUUGGUUGAGGUUAAUAUCUUUAAAAUAAUGGCGUUGGUCCUGGUUGUGGUCCUGGCUGAGGUUCCGGUUCUGGCUGUGGUUGUGGUUCUGGUUGAGGAGAGCCAGUAGGAGGGUAACUAGGGUGAGUAGGAGUGUGGCUAGGAUGAGUAUGGUGACUAGGAUGAGUAUGGUGACUAGGGUGAGUAUGGUGACUUGGGUGAGUAUGGUGACUUGGGUGAGUAUGGUGACUAGGGUGAGUAUGGUGACUUGGGUGAGUAUGGUGACUUGGGUGAGUAUGGUGACUUGGGUGAGUAUGGUGACUUGGGUGAGUAGGGUGACUUGUAGGGGUGUGAGUAGGGUGAGUAUGGUGACUAGGAUGAGUAUUGUGACUAGGAUGAGUAUGGUGACUAGGAUGCGUAUUGUGGCUAGGGUGAGUAUGGUGACUAGGGUGAGUAUUGUGACUUGGGUGAGUAUGGUGACUAGGAUGCGUAUUGUGACUAGGAUGAGUAUGGUGACUAGGAUGCGUAUUGUGGCUAGGGUGAGUAUGGUGACUAGGGUGAGUAUUGUGACUUGGGUGAGUAUGGUGACUAGGAUGCGUAUUGUGGCUAGGGUGAGUAUGGUGACUUGGGUGAGUAUUGUGACUUGGGUGAGUAGGGUGACUUGUAGGGUCAGCCACCGAACUUGUAGGCUGUUAAAAGAAAAUAUUAGGUAAUUAAUAUUUAUUUGCCGUCCAUUUUUAAAUAAAUAUUGAAAAAAUAUAUUGUUAUUAA